AACUUGGGAUCUCUCAAAAUUGGUCAUUUUAAUGAAAAGUCCGGAUUAAUCAAAUCUAUUGUUACACGUCAUUAUAAGGCAAUAUUAAGCCUUAAAGUUAAGAAAAAAGGAUCCCUUGCAGGGCUGGUUUGUAUUGGAGGCAGUGGUCCAAAGCCUUUUUUACUUAUCCAAGUCCAAGUGUUACUGUCAUUUUUCUUGUGCUACCGUUACCUGUACAAUUCAACUCAUAACAAUACUUAUGUAGCAGGAUAUGGAAUCGGAUUCAUGAAUAACAAAAUUCUCAGAACCUGGAUUUGA